AUGACCGACCCUCGUAUCGCGAACGCACAGCGUAUUAUCGAACAAGGUAUCCUUGCGGACACACACGACGCCUGCGAUGAUUGCUUGGCAGCACUACAAUACGAUGGUACGAUCCGUGAAGCUCAACCAUGCUAUUAUAUGUUGGAUGGUGUACUUGGUAAAUGUGCAAGGCGUACUCGACAUGGUCGCGCCUGUUACAUGCACGAUCACGAUGUCAAAACCGAUGGCCUACGUACUCGGCCUGCUAAAAACAUCUUUGCGGUAUAUCGUAGUGAUGAAGAACUUGCGAUAGCACGAUCUCGACUUGAAGCGUAUAACGUACAACACCCAAAGAACUCCACGUCCUCGAUUGUUCCUUCGACCGUUGCUACCCCUACUAUCAUUACUCCUACGAUCGCUACAAUCGCAACAAUCUCCAUGGUUGAAGACCUACGUAUCGCAUGUCGAAAACUCGCAGAAGUUUGUGAAAUCAUCACCAAUUCUGAGAAUGUACCCCUCUCCUUUGCCGCACGACUUGCGGACCUUGAAUCCAAACUCGAACCGUACGCUUACGACGACUCUCGCAUUACCACUCAUAUUCCUGUCGAGUCACAUGUCAAUCAGUCCCAUAUUCACUUUGACGACUUCAACAUUGACUACGACUACGACUACGACUACGACUACGGCGCUUAG